AUGCGGACGCCCGCGAGCAGGCGCAUCUUUGGCUUCUUAUGCCUUAACCUCGCGUACAUGGGCGUGCAGAUGGGGUAUGGGAUUGCAACAAACUCGCUGGGUCUGAUUUCGGAUGCCAUUCACAUGCUGUUCGACUGCCUUGGCAUUGGAGUUGGUUUGUGGGCCUCGGUCGCGGCUACAUGGAAGUCCGACGGGCAGUAUACAUUUGGCUACUCGCGCAUCGAGACAUUGUCGGGUUUCGCGAACGGCUGCUUCCUCAUCCUCAUCUCGGUCUUCAUCAUUUUUGAGGCGAUCCAGCGCGUGCUGAACCCACCCGAGAUGGAGACACGCCAGCUGCUGCUCGUCAGUGGGAUAGGGUUGGCGAUCAACCUCUUUGGCAUGUGGGCCACGGGCGGGCACCAUCACCACGGCCACAGCCACGGCCACGGCCACGGCCACGGCCACUCUCAUGGCCACGGACAUGGGCAUGACCAUGGACACACGAACGGCAACGGCCAUGUCCAUAGCAUUGUCCACGAUAAGAAGACGGACAUUGGCGGAGCGCACGAGCAUGAUGCGUGCUCUAAUGGGCACUCGCACGGGCAUCACGAGCACGGCCACGGGCAUGAUCACAAGGUCGACCACGGCCACGACGUGAACCACGGCGGUCAAUGUGACCACGCCCAAGCUAACGGCAACGGGCUAGGCCACGCGCACGGGCAUUCUCAUGUCCAUCACGCCCAUCACGACCACUCUCACUCCCACGACCAUGGGCAUGCGCACUCGCAUUCUCAUGGCCACGACGCCCACGCCCAUUCGCACUCACACUCGCACGAAGACCACGACCAUGACCCGCACCACUCGCACAACAUGCGCGGCGUCUUCCUGCACGUCAUGGCCGACACGCUCGGCAGCGUCGGCGUGAUAGUCUCGACCCUCCUGAUCCGCUGGACGGGGUGGACGGGCUUCGACCCGCUCGCGUCGCUCUUCAUCGCGACGCUCAUCCUCGCCUCCGUCUUCCCGCUGGUGCUCGACGCGGCGCGUGUCCUCGUCCUCGACGUCGGGCCUUACGCCGAGCCCACCCUCCGCAAAGCCCUCGGCGACGUCGCUACCGUGCGCGGCGUCAAGUCGUACUCUGCCGCGCGCGUGUGGCCGCGCGAAGACGCGAACCUUGUCGGCAGCUUGCACAUCCAGCUUGCGCCUGGGGCGGAGCCCGAGAAGGUCGCGGCGCGCGUCGAAGCUGCUAUGCGCUCGCGCGUGCCGGGGCUCAAGGAGCUCGUGCUCCAGAUAGAGGACGAGCGCUUCUGUACUUGCAUGACGUCGUAA